AUGUUCUUUCUUUUCUUUGUCUAUCACAUUUUUAAUAUAUUUUCACCUUAUCUUCCUUUGUUUCUUUAUCCAUUUUUAUCUUUAUUUAUCUAUCAUAUCACCAUUAUCUUCCGAUUAAAUUUCAUGCUUCUACUUCUUUUUUCGUUUUCUUUCAUUCUUUCGUGGUCUUAUUCCUUUCUUUCUUUCUUUCUUUCUUUCUUUCUUUUGCACCUUUCUUUCUUUCUUUUGCACCUUUCUUUCUUUUUCUAUAUUUUAAAAAAUUAUUUACUUUCUAUUUUCUUUUCUUCUGUUUUUCUUUCUAUUUUUUCUUUUCUUUUCUUCCGUUUUUCUUUCUAUUUUAUUUCUUUCUAUCUUUAUUUUUUCUUCUGUUUUUUUUUCUAUUUUCUUUCCUUCUAUUUUUCUUUUUCUUUUCUUCUGUUUUUCAAUCUAUUUUCUUUCCUUCUGUUUUUCUUUCUAUUUUCUUUCCUUCUGUUUUUCUUUCUAUUUUCUUUCUUUCUAUUUUUCAAUCUUUUUUCUUUCUUUCUUUCUAUUUUCUUUCCUUCUAUUUUUCUUUCUAUUUUCUUUCCUUCUAUUUUUCUUUCUAUUUUCUUUCCUUCUAUUUUUCUUUCUAUUUUCAUUCCUUCAAUCUUUUUUCUUUCUUUCUUUUUCUUUCUAUUUUCUUUCCUUCUAUUUUUCUUUCUAUUUUCUUACCUUCUAUUUUUCUUUCUAUUUUCCUUCCUUCUAUUAUUCAAUCUAUUUCUUUCUUUCUUUUCUUUCUAUUUUCUUUCCUUCUAG